GCUGUGUGCAGUUCUGGAUCCAGAGCUCUGGCACCGGCACCGGGAACCUGCCGGGCUGUGAGAUGCUGAAGCAGGGAUGCGAUCGGGUGAUGGGGAGCCCGUGGGGCAGCAGUGCAGAGACACAAUCCCCUCAUCUGGCCCCAAAGAGAGGUGCCAGCCCAGAGUAUCGGGCACUCCGGGAGAGGUUUGGUUUGGGGCAAUUCAAGUAUGCACAGGGAUCCCGGGGUGGGGAUGGAGUGGGUAAAUGAUAAAUGCUGCAGAGAGCUGGACUGGCACCCAGAGCAUUGCCUGCCCAUGGGAAAAGGUGACGCAGGGAGGGGGGAUUCUUCCUCCAGCCCUCUCCUCCCUCCCGUGUCACCCCAUGGAGCCGAGCAGUGGUGCAAGGAGGCAGCCCUGAGCCGCUCACGCUCGUAGCCCUGAACCAGCCAUGAGCUCGCUGAGCACAUCCUCCUCCGGCCCAGCUAGUUUCGCUCCCAGCCUGCUCCGUCUGUGUGCACUGAGGCUGUUUCUGGGGCUGAGCUGCUUUUGGCAAGCCAGGCUUCCACUGGCCUGUCCACCCCCCAAGCCCCGCGCACCUCCUCCCCGACACCGCUCUGCCAGGGCCAUAGCAAAUCAGAGAGAAGCCUGCGGGGCAAAUCGGGCACACAGAAGUUCCUGGGGAGGUGGAGUGAGAUUUAGGGACUGAGCCCCUCUGCUCCCACCAGGAGCCAUCUCCAGACACCCACUGCCAUGUCCAAGGACGACGUGGGCUGCAAGCUGACCUCUGUCUACAAACACAAGGAGAGGAAGCCAAAAAAGCCCCACUACAUCCCGAGGCCAUGGGGCAAGCCCUACAACUACAAGUGUUUCCAGUGCCCCUUCACGUGCAUGGAGAAAUCCCACCUCUACAACCACAUGAAGUACAGCUUGUGCAAGAACUCCCUCUCCCUCCUCAUCGAGUCUGACUGGCCCUACAAGAAGGGCAACCUGCUUCACCCGGAGCUGCGGCUCCUGCAUGCCACCGAGGCCACGCGGCUGCGCGGGCGGCAGGAUGAGCCGGAGACCUGCGACUCCUCGGCCACGUCGGGAGGGUCGGGUAGGAUCAAGCAGACCCCUGGCAGAGGCGGCCACGAGGAGAAGUCGGCAUCGGGAGUGGAGAUCCUGCCUGCUGAAGGGGCUGGGGAAGAAGGCAGCCCGUUCCAAGAGGAGGAGGAGGAUGUGGCUGGCCUCUUGAGGCAGAUGGAUGCGGGGGAAAAGAAGGAGAAAAAUGAAGAGGCAGGUUGCCAAGGUGAUCCAGCUGAACCAGAAGUGAACACUUUGGUCUUUGGCUUCAAGAACAAGAGAGAUAAGCCUUGCAAGGAGGUGGAGCCCGACUUCAUCAUCACGGAUGUCUUCUCCCUCAAGAACCAUGUCAUGAAAAGCAGAGAAAUGGCCUCCCCGGACCUAGAAGCUAAGCCAAAGCAUUGCAAAGUGCCAAAGAAAUGCCUGGCCAGUGGCGGGAUCCUCAUGGAGCAGUGGAAACUGGUGGCAAAUGGGCAAAGGAGGAGCACACCUGAGGUCUCCCCACCUUGUACCGACAGCAACAUCAUCCCAUGCUAUCCACCUCCAGCCUACAGUGACUACCACGAACCUCAGGGCCUCAACCUCUCACUGCUGGGCAUCAACUAUCCGCUGAACCCCAGCCUGUUCUCCUACUUGAGCCCCACCAUGGCCAACAGUGCGACAACACACCCGCACUUGGCUCAGCUGCCAUUCCUGGCCUCCACGGCCCAGCUGAUGCACCCACACGCUUCCCACUUCCAGCCCCUGCAGAGCCCCGAGCGCUCUGCCUUCCUGCCUCGCUUCUACUACCCUUUGCUCUUUGAGCACACCUUCAGCUCCGCCGAAGGCAAGAUGUCCUCCAGCAAGCCAGAGGCCCAGCAGCUGGUGGGCUCGGUCAUGCCCACGCCUCCCCAAGCCAAGACUCCCAGUGAGCCAUCCAAACCAGGGCUGCUGAAGGUACCGGUGCUGAAAACGAGUUUUCCUUGGCCCAAAGGUGGUAGAGAGGAGCCAGCCCUUGAGCUCAGCCAUGGACACAUGCUGGGGCAGGAAGAAGACAAGUGGCUGUCCCAAGAGAAGGAGAGCAACCCAGACCUGGGCCUCAACAACCUGCGCAAAAAGCCAACUGCUGACAUCUUCCAAAACCUGGUGGGGAUGAAGGAUGGCACUUUUGCCCCCAGCAGCAUCCAGAAGGCAGAGUUGACAGCAGUGACCUGCCUGGAGACUGGCAGUCCCACAGGCAACAACCUGAAGAGGAAGCUCCCUUCCAAUGAUCUGGAUUUGAUAGGAUCUGAAAUGCUGAUGCCUGGAAAAGUCAGCUAUCAGAGCAGUGGUUCGAGGGCCAACACCGGCCACAUCCCCAGGGCUCUGGAUCACUGGCACAUGGAUGUCCUGGCGGGCUGGCCUGAGGAACCUGAGAGGGGCAAAGACCCUGAAUGCCCACCCUCUGCAGGUGCUGCCCCUGAGCACGGCCUCUGCAAGCAGAGCAGACCGCAAGAGCCUUCUGCCGCCAUGACAGACUCUGAGGCUACAACCGUGCUUAUUGGGGACCUGUCCAAAACCUUAGAGGAGUACCAGGAGGUGGAGAAGAAGCUGUCUGAUCUGGCAAAGGAGGACACUCCUGGGCAAAAAGAGCUGAGGGACCAGCUGGUCAAAAUCCGAAGGGAGCUCUACCACAUCCACCAGGCGCUGGAGAAAGCUGCCAAACCCCACGAGGGGCCCCUGGACCUCUCGGUGAAGAGAUCCUCCGAGGGCCUGGAGAAGUGCCCGCAGACCAAGAAGGAAACAUGCGGCGUAGGCCUGGGAAUGGAGAAGCUCCACGGCAAAGACCAAGGGGCCCUCAACAAAUGUUCAGCCCCAGCUGAGGCUGGAGAUGAAGAAGGGCUGCCGAGCUGCCUCCUGGAGGCCGAGAACAAAACCAUCGACCUGCUGAUCAAGAUGAGCCACUCCGAGAGCCUCCGGGCGUCCUCCUCCGAGCCCCACCUGGGUGCCGUGAUCAAGGCCGAGGUGCUGCCCCUCGCCAUGCCUCUGGAGCUGAGGCACGUCAUGGAGCCCUACUACAGCCGCACCACCAAGUGUGAGGCGGACUCCAGCGUCCUGCUGUGCUCUGAUGGCAGAUCCAGCACCACCCAGGGCCCUCCGCUCCCCGUCGCUGCCGAGGAUGGGCCGCUGGGCUGCCGGGCCAUGCAGCGCUCCCUGUCCUGCAGCCUUCCCAAUGAGACAGACACGGUGUGUGUCCACAGCCCUUUGCAUGCCGACCCCUAAGUCCACCUUGCUUGAAAGCUCCUGGAUCUCACUAGCCACCUCAUGCUUGACCUUCCUAGUGUCCCACCUCUCCGGUAUCCCUCCUGCCCACAGAUGAAAGCUUCACCACCGCCUGACUCCAUAAAGUGUAAGAAACCAGCCCAAGACCCCCUCCCCACUGUCCUUUUGGGCUCUGCAUGCUCAACAGCCUCAGCUCCCCUGUCCUGGAGCUCCCUUUGGAAGGGAAGUCACUAGCGGGCAAGAAAAGUGAACUGCUAAAAGCACCAAGCUUUCCGUUGAAGGCUCAUCCAACCUUCUCAUCAGAGACUCUCAGGGACUUCUGCAACCCAGCUCCCAUGGCAGGGGAGGGACCACAAAUGGGGUGUCUGUAAGACCAAGCCUGGGUCCAGAUGUGGUUGUGCUCAAAGAGACUGUGGCUGUCAGCUUUGUACAGAGUAGAGCUGUGACAGCUUCAUCCCAUGGUGGCUUCAGGGUCACAGAAGGGAAGUGUUUGCCCAGAUGAACUGACCCAGAGGCCAAGUACCUCCCACACUGUAAAGACAAGAACAUCUUCCCAGCCACAACCACAAGAAGAUGCAAUAGCCACCUUGCCUCAAAGCAUGGCUCCACACCUGGGUGCGGAGCUCUCUGUCCAGAGGACUUGCCAUGCAUGGGUACUGCUGGGCUGCGGGGACACGUUCCUGCCCAUAGUUCUUCCAGCGUCUGGCUCUUUUUCUUGCCUUUACACAGAAAUGACUUUCCCUUCCUCUGUCCCCUUGGCCUCUCCCCAUGCAGACACGAUGCAUGCUCCUCACAAAGACCCAUGUCACUCCCAUGAGCUCCUGCCCACUAGUCCUAAACUCCCAAAUGAUGGUAAAUAGGACAGCAAAAGGGGUGAGAUGGUGGUGCUGCGAGCCCCGCUGCUCAAGAUACAAAGAUGCUGAAAACAACUGUAAAGGGACUUUGGGAUAUGCAGCUCCUUGGCCUGCCCCAAGCUGGAAUGACGCCAAGCAACCAUCAGUCUGUCCCCUUCCACCAUGCUGGGCAGGGUCUGCUUGGGGUCGAGAAGUCCCUAUGCCUGGGUCAGGCUUUCAUGGUUUUCCUUCCACCAUGGUGGGUACAAUGUGCUCUCCUCAGCCCUUCUCUCUUCCAUCCACACACUCUGUUCAAGAAAUGGUGGGGUCACAUUUUAGCACGAGGUCCUUCAACCUUGUGGCUGGUAUUGCCGUGAGAGAGCCCAGAUGAGGGGUGGGGAUGGCAGGACAAAGAGGACAGCAAAGCUGCCAAAAAGGGGCCUGUGCAGCACAGCAUGAGAGAUUUAGGCACUGGCACUUCUCUGGGCACAAGGUGGACAGUGCUGCUGUGUCUGAAGAAGGCAAGGCCCCAUGUGCAGCCUCCCAGGUGCUUUGAUGGACGUAGACAACAGAAGAAGCUGACUCUUCUCACCUGACUGCCCUUUGGACAAGGCUUGCACCCCAUCAGAGGGGGUUAUUUCUCACUCAAGGACUUUGCUCAGAGCACACACAUCUCCAAAGGUCUCUCUGGAGACGGUGGGCUGCAGUGGGGGGCACUGAGAAGGAGAGCACGCUGAGCUCAGCUCCACAGCUCCAGCUCCAGGUCUUCCUGAUGAGCCAUGUCCUGCUGCUUCCCAGUAUGGCCCUGGCUCCACCAGACCAGUGGUGGCCAUGGGACCCAGCCACAAGAAAUCCCAGAGCUUGGGCUCAGGAUCCUUGAUUCUGGAGCCCAGGGGAAGUGGAGCUGAGCCUUUCUUUCUGGGUUUGAACAGUGCUGUGAUCUUCAGAUGCUGUAACAUUAUGGGCACAGCAGCCCCCUCCAUACCAAGCUCCUUGCUCAUGCUACCCACUCCCAGCAGCCUAUCUGCCUCCCUCCAGCCUCUUCUGCCACCCUGUGCCCCUCUGUCCCACUGAGUCCCUCCUGUCAACCCACCCCUUCCUGUCUCCCUCAUCCCACAGAUCUCCCCUACAGCAGCAUCUCCCCAUUCCUCCUCUCAGGCUCUUUCCCCCAUACCACCUUCUUCCAUGCCAGGACCCUCGCUCAUCCCCAGCAGGGCACACAGAGGCUGGAGCCCUGUUUUUCUGUGCUAUCCACCCCUGCCCACUCAGCCCUUACCUCCUCUGAGGAACAAUACCACUUCUGGGUCCCUCUGCCCACCCCAGAGCCCCAUCUCUUCCCUGCCCCGAGCAGCACAUUGUACUUCCUAGCAGAUCCUGGGCAUCUUAGAGGUCUGAGACACCAGUGAAGGAGCUGGGCUCCCAGACCACCAGCCCUGGGCUUCAGCAGGAGGUCUGUGCCCAGACCACCACACAGUGCUGCCUUUCUCCCUUUUAGCUGAUGUAUUGCUCGAGCACAGGUUGCCUCCCCACACCAGUCCGUGGCUCCAUCCCACCACCCCCAUCUGGGACCCCCCCCGCCCCCACUUACCGGUGCCUGGGGCGGCAGCCGGUGCCCGCAGCCCUCGCUGCAUCACUCACGGCCUCUCCCACCUCCGCAGAAAGCCGGGGGGCAGGCAGGAGGUAGAGGCCAACCACACGCUAUUUAUUGUUCACAGUUUUACGAAUGUACAAAACGAAAACCAAACCAUUAAAAAGAAAAA